AUGGCAUUCGGUACGUCAAUAUCAACAGCAAUAGAUAAUAUAAUUCAACAAGCGAAUGAGGUAAAAGUAUGUCAAGAUCAUUUGAAACUGAUAACAACUAGUUUAACUCGUCUUCGACAUGGAUUGAAUAACCUAGUUACACCAUUAGAUGAAAAUCAUUCACAAGAAGAUCUUAUACAAAUACUCAAAGCUAUCGAUGAAGUUGUUACUAAUUGUAAUGGAAAUGAAAAUUAUCUUAAUGGAAUGACUUAUCCAGACCUCGAGUCUGUACUACUUCGUCUUCAUUUUCGACUAGCUCAACAUGAAGCUAAUAUAACAGAUGACUAUGAAACGACAGUUCAAAUACUAAGUAAUGCUUGCCAGAAACAGCAGCUUCUUCUUCAGGAGUCCUUUAAUGAAACAAUGAGACAAAGAUUAGAAACUAUUGAACAAUCUACCAAAAAAAAUAUCAUAGAACAACUUCAUCUUUUACAUGAAAAAUAUCUUAAAACGAUUGAAUCCUAUCUUCGUACUUGUGUUGAACUACAUAAAAGUGAAUCACCUACUGAUCUUACUGGUGAUAUUGUUGCCAAAGUUACUCAUAAUUCCUAUCAAAUCUCUUACAAAGAACGAAUGACAUUAGAACAUAAAUGGCGAUCAUGUAAACUACCUCCCACACGUACAUUCAUUCAAUUUAAAGUUGAUAAAUCUACAUCAUUCGAAAGAAAUGAAUCACGACGAUUGCUUAUGAACAAUGAAGCCAAUAUGUUACAGGAUGUACACAGUAGAAAAGAAACAUUUAAAGGAAUAUGGGAACGACUAAUAGCAACUCCUUACAUGAUGUCGAUGGUUGAAAAAGAUUGUCAUUCGAAAGAAGACAAUAUCAGUGUGGAAAAUAUUCUUCGAUCGAAACGUUGGAUUGUUAUUUUGGGUGAUCCAAGAAGUGGAAAAACAAGUUUUGCUCGAUGGCUUGUUCAUCAUUUGGCUCAAACAUUGCUUCUCAAGGAAGUAGAUUCAACGGAUUAUGAUCCUCUUCGUAUACCAAUUCUGAUUCGUAUUGGUGAAUUUGCUGAAAUACUGAAAGAACAACCAUCACUCACUUUGUUUGAUUAUAUUGGAAAACAUAAAUGGAUGGGAAAGUCAAUUAUUGAUGAUUCAUCGAUCUCUUCUGAGAAUUUAUCAUAUGCUCUUCAAGAUUAUAUUAAACAAGGUCAAGCUCUAAUCAUACUUGAUGGUCUUAAUGAGAUUCCUGUUUCAAAUGAACGUUCAAAAAUUAUUAAUCUAAUUGAAAACUUUGUUAAUACUUAUGUUCAGAUACCCACAGGUGUUUCUAUCUUUGACAAUGUAUAUUUAAGCAAAUUAUUCGAUGAUCCAUCUCGAUUAGGAGGUAAUCAAUUGAUCGUUACAAGUCGUAUAGUCAGCUAUCAUGCUGCUCCAUUAGCGGGCCAAUUUACUCAUUACACAAUUCAACCUAUGAAUGUGAAACAAAUAAAAGAUUUUGUUGAUUAUUGGUUUUUUCGUGUUCAUCAACGUAUCAUUGAUAUUUUAUGUCUUCCAUUAGUUAAUCAAGGAGAAAACCACAGUGAAGCACUUAAAAAAGAAUUGGAAAAAAUUCAAAAUGUUGAUCUUCUUGAUAUAGCUUCAAAUUCUGGUUUACUAUCAUCUAUUUGUACCAUACAUUUUAGUCAAUUAAAUGGUCCAUCUUUACCUACUCAAAGUAUUCUUCUAUAUGAAUCAAUUGUCAAAUCAAUGUUAAAUUUGUGGCAUAGUAAAAUACCAACUAUUGAUACAUCAAAAGUGAUUCGAAUUUUGAGUGAUAUUGCUUUUUAUAUUCAUCAAAAUCCAGCAUCAAAUUGUAUUGACAAUGAAGAAAUCAAAGAUGUUUGCGCUCAAACGAUCCAAGCUUCUAUAAGUAAAACAUUACUAACGACAGAAGAUAUCUAUCAUAUUGAAAGACAAGCAACUGAAAUGGCACAAGUCAUUUGUGAUGAUGUUGGUAUUUUAGGUUCGCGAGGUGAAUCACUCUAUGGUUUUCUUCAUUUACCAUUGCAAGAAUACUUCACUUGUUUGAAACUCAUUAACGUAGAUAUGCCAAGACGUAGAAGUUUUGUUACUGAUGGAAUCGAUCGAGACAAUAAAAUUCAAUUUAUCGUUCAAAUGCUGUGUCGUCAUACAGCUGAUCUACGAUUUCGAGUACCAAUCACACUUGCUUUCGGGAAAAUUAGUUCUUCUUGGUCUCAAAACGAUUUUAACGAUCUCUGCUACGAAUUUAUGGAAGCGCAAGACACAUUUGAUUCGUUGUUACCACUUGGUGCUUAUAUAUUAAUUAAUUGUGUCAAUGAUUUUGUUAAUUAUCCAUCAAAUGAUAUUUUGUUUAGUGCUUUAGAUCGUUUAAUAAUUGCAGCUGGUCAACAUAAAUGGUCAAUUGUUUGUCCAUUUCUAUUUGAUCAAAUUACAAGUGCAUUGAAAAAAUUUCCACAUGAUAUUAUUUCACUAUGGAUUAAUAAAUUAUUAUCUCAGUCCUCUCAACAUAAUAUUCAAACAAUAACAGCUCUUUGUCAUCUUCUCGAAGGAAAACCUCAUGAAUUUGAAAAUAUUCAAUGGCUAGAUCAAUCAUCUUGUUCAAUACUUCAAUCCUUGUCAAUACUUGAUAAUGAAAAUAAUAAAUUUGCUAUUGAUCGACUAUUAGUUAAAAUUGCUUUCUCAAAUCAUCAGUUAUUACCACCUUUCAAUCCAACUACUUUCAAAGGAUUCUUACUUGAUAAAAAUAUUGAAAUAAGUUCAAUUCCUAUGAUUCUCUUUCCUUUAAUCAUUAUUUUAUAUGGUGGUUUAAGACGAGAUGGUCAAACUGUUGUCUUCGAUCCAUCUCAUAUUCAUCGAGAAUCAACUGUAAUAACACCAAUUUUAAUACGUUUUCUUUCCGGAAAAGAUCAUGAUAAACAAGAUCAAAGUUUAAAAAAAUUAAAACAAGAAUGUAUAAAAUCUUUCGUAAUACGAAUGGAAAAUCAUGAUGAAUCUUCAGAAGCAAUUGAUUUAUGUAUCGCAACUAUAUGUUUUUAUAAUAUUGAAUAUAUACAAGAGAAUUUGAAAAUGAUUUCCGAUUCUCUUUUACGUAUGAGUUUGAAUCGAUUAAAAUAUAUUUCAAUGAUUUUACGUCAAUUCUAUUUUGUUGCUGAUGAAAAUGAUCGAUCUAUGGAAAAUGAAACAACAAAAUUUAUUUCAACUACUAUCGAAAAAUUUCAAUAUGUUGAAUCAGCAAGAAUUAAUUUUCUGGAUUUGUUAGAUUCACUGAGGACUAGUGUAGCUCGCUUGCGAUCUUCUUCAAAAUCAAUUUUGUUGGAAGGAGAAUCAAGACCUAAUACACGAGUAACAUUACAUUUACCUAAUUCUCUUCGACAAGAGGGUAAGUUUCUCAAUGGUCUUUUAUCAACAGAUGUACAAUUUUAUUCCGAUCGAAAAUCUUGCUCAAUACUUCAUCAUUUCACUAAACUUUUCUGGCCAUUAGAACAUAAUGAUGAACUUGAGACACAAUACAGAAUGGCUGUUGCUCUGGAUAAAGUACCAGAAUAUUUACACUUUCGCAAUGAUGAAGACCUUUUAUUUCCAUUAACAUUUGUUCCUUCACAUUUACGAAAUCUUUAUGUUCGAUUGUUGAAAGGAAAAUUUAUUAUGAUCAAUUCAAAAGAUUUGAUAAUCAAUAACAGACAACAUCUUUAUUUUGGUCACAUUCUAAUUGAAUGUUUGAUGUUUUUAUCAAAUGCAUCUUGCAAGAGACUGUCUAUUCUAAGCGCUUUAAUCACUCUACUACCUUGGCUUCGAAUGCAUCAAUUAGAAAAUUUUGGUAGUAGCCUUUUGUGGACAUUAUCUAUAAAAGAUUCCUCUAUGUUGGGCACUUUUGAGAUAAAAAAACAACGUUCAAUAAAUUAUGAAACUGGACAGUAUACGGAUACAGAUGAAAAUCCUUUUACUGGAACUGAUCUAAUAGACGAACAACAAAAAACAAUUAUUCGAAAUAAUAUUGAACAAGAAUAUGAAAGACUUCAAAAUGCUUCACUUGUAAAUGAUACAUCAAACAUAAAACUUUAUUCUGCAUCAAUCUCUUUGGCACAUAUUUGUCAUUGGAGUGAAGAUGAAAGAAAAUUAUCUUUAUUAGAACAAUGUAUACAUGGAGCUAUGUUAAUUCAGAAUAAACUUGCUCGUCUCGAUGCAUUAUGUAUAAUUGCUUUAUAUUCUUAUUCUGAUUAUGAUCGAAUUAAAGUAGGUAGAGAUAGAUCUCUACAAAAGGAAAUUGAACAUCAGUUGAAUGAAAUUUAUUCAAAUCUACCUCUUCUAUUACAAACAGCUAUUGUCAUUCGAUGUUUACCUUUACUUCAACAUUCACAAAUGAUUGAUAAUUGUCUUAAAAAUCUUUUUGAUAAAUUUGUCAAUACAGAUCGACGAGAUCAACAAGCAGUUAUUGAAGCAUUAUUACCAUACAUGCAAUUAAAUUACAUUUUUUCAUCGAUUACAAAUCGUUUUUCAUAUAGUUUACAAGAACAAAAUAGAAUAAUACAUAAUAAAUCUUCUUUGUUGAAGAAAUCUUUUAAUAUUGAUCCACACGAAAAUUUAUCAUUUUCAUUAUUUAUUUCUAAUUUAUAUCUUAUGGAAUUAGUUAAUGAUUUUCAUGAAUGUAUUAAAAUGGAUAAUCGUCAAUUUAUCAUUGAUGAAUCAAUUACAACAAAAUUAUUUCAAUUCGAAAAUUGUAUUCUAACCGAUGCACAAGCAUUAACAAUAACUAAUAUUCUUUCAUUCGCUUCGCCAACAGAUCAAUCUAAACAAUUAGACAAGCUUUGGGUUAUAUUAAAUAAUGCUCUUCAUCGUAUAAAUUGGGUAGAAUUUAAAGCAUAUCGUUUGUUAGAAUCUUGGCUGAAAUGGAAAGAUUCAAAUGAAUUAUCUUCAUUUGCUUAUCAUGCUGCACUUCUUCUAAUUAAUUCUGAUUUAUGGUCUGUCGAAGCUACAAUAAUUGUAUGUGAUCUUUUAUGUAAUGAUGAUGAUCGUUUUCGUCACAGAGCUGAAAUUCUGUUUCGAUCAUCAAGUGAUAAUGAUGUUCGGACUGGUUCAAAAUUGGGUAUUGAUGUUUUAUUAACUUUAAUUAAGAAAAAAGUUCAUUAUCAAUCAACUUCAGCAUCUGCCAAACUUACGUUAAAUCGAAUGCUCGGAAAUAUAACUCUAGAUGUUCAAUCUCAUCUAGAAAUGUUACUUUGGCUAGAAAGAUAUAGAAUUCACGCAUUGACUAAUAAGAAAUAUUCCUUCAACACAUCAAACUCGAAGAGAAAUGCUUAUGUAACUUCAUUUUUUUCAACGGAUAUAGCCAUAGAUGCAUGCACCUAUGUUAAUAUGUUUCGAUUGUCUGGUGAUUUGAUAAUAUAUAUGUGUGAUAUGAUUGCAUCAAAUUUAUUUUCAUUUUUGGAAAUUGAUGGAGAUACGACAUCAAAUACAGUUUGUGUAAGUCAUACUCGAUUUGUUGUUUCAGUAGUUUUAACUUUACAUAGUUUAUUGAAUAAUACUGAUGAAACACGUCAAGUAGCAUUUGAUGCUCUUAUGAACUUAUUUGAAAUAUCCGACAAUAAUGAAAUUCGUCAAGCAGUAGCAUGUGCUCUUAGUUAUGUAUGUAAUGAACAAACAUAUAAAAGUUUGUUUGAAAAAAUUAUAUUAGUAAUGAAUUGCUUAUGCCAAGAGACUUCUACCUAUUCUAAUAAUGUUUUAAGUGCACUAAUUUUAAGUUAUUCCUAUUGUGUAUCUAUAAACAAAAUUGCAUUUGAUCAAGAUGAUAUGGAUUUAUUUUGUACUUUACUACAACAUCAAUCGCAGGAUAUUUCAAAAGCUGCUCGUACAGGAUUUGGUCGUGUUCUGAAAGAUACAUCAUUUCUACUUGAAAUGUUUAGCUUUGAUUAUAUUCAAUGUUAUCAUGCAUUGAUCGAAUCGACUGCAUGCUUAUAUCUUUACGAUGUUCAACAAAAUAGUGAAAAUGCUAUUGCAAAGUUUAUUGAAGAACAUCCUACUCUUUUGUCAAUCUUUAUCAUCGAAACAUACAAUAGCAUUAGCCGAUUUACUACUAGAGUAUUACCGAUGGGAGACAUAGAUUAUGAUUUAGCUUAUGGAUAUCCUCAAUAUGUGAAAAUUGCUAGUUUAAUCGCUAUACAAAUGCCGGUAGCCUUUUGUGCUUCUAUCAAAGAUUGGCCCGAUGGAGAUAACUUGAAACAUGCAUUGUUUUAUACUAGUAAACAACAUAAUUACCCACAACGUGCUGCUUGCCUAACUAUUUUAUCAUUAUUGGGUGAGUUAACAGUCGACUUAUGUGAGAUGUUCAUUGAAGCUGUACGUGAUGAUCCAUAUAUUCAAAAUACUUGUUAUAAAUGUAUUACACGUAUUCAUUCUAUUAAAGAUGAAAAUGUUGUUUUAAAUCUUUUGUUUUCUUAUUUAAAAUCAAAAUCAAUGAAUGUUCGAUAUAUUACAGCUAAAAUACUUCUUCAUCUUUCUCAAUUAUUUCUUAUUCCAUCUAAACAAGUUCAAACAAUAUUGAAUAAUCUUAUGUUAGAUCCUAGUUCAAAUGAAGAUCUGUGGUUAAUUAAAGAACAAGAUAAUAUCUAUGCAGAAUGUGUAUAUUACUAUGCUGGUCCAUUGAAAGAUGUUAUUUAUUCACUUCUGGUUGAAAAUGUAACUGGAAAUAAAAGUGACAAUGUUCGAAGAAAUGAAUAUAAUGAUAUUGAUUUGAAUUUUAUUGAAUCUGAAAAAGUGUCUCGCUUCGCUUCAUGUCUUUAUGAAGAAAAAACUGAAGAAAAUGUUCAAUAA